GACAAUGGCGUCGCUCGCGAUGAUUGCCUUAGGUAAGAAAAUGGGGUGAAUCACUUCUCUUUCAUGUUCGUUGAGCAUUUCAUUUUGGCUAGUUCGACCGACAAAAUUCUCAAAUUUGGUCGAUAAAUUCUUUUACCUUGAUUGUAUCAGACACGGGCAAAUGAACAACUCUCUGCUUGAUGCAUUCGAAACAAGAGCGGCAGGUGUCCGUCGCUUUCUUUCAGGUGAUAUGCCGCAACCGAUACAGAAAAAUCACAUCCCACAGCGAAUGAUGAUGAAUAAUCACUUUCCGCAACAAAGGCAACAGCAGGGAAUGAUGGAUGAUAUACAACMAUUAAAUGAUACAACUGGUAUGGGAUUGGACAUGUUUGGAGGAUCAAGUGGAAUGAACAACAUGGUUGCUAACAUGAAUGCUCCCAAUAGUGGCGGUGACAUUAGAGGAUCGAACAUGGGUUCGGGAAAUAAUAUGAACAAUAACCAAAUGAUGUCCUUUGGGAAUCACCGCAUGUCCCUAAUGGGACGUAUGUCACAGAAUCCGAAUAAUAGAAUGUCUUUAAUGGGACGUAUGUCAGAGAUAUCGUAUGGCCGCGCGAUGUCUGGUCUUUCGGCAAUUUCAAUUGAUUGGGAGAACAUGGAGGAUUUCGAUGUCAAUGUUGAUCAUAGCGAGCACAUAAACAACAACAUGGGAGCUGGGGCGGCUGGUGCAAUGGGAAGAGCUAGAGGGCCACGUGUUGCACCUCGGUGGAGCAUGGCGCAACAUAUGAACAUGAACAACAAUGCUGGCGGUCAAAAUAUUACAGAUAGCGAUGCACAUGUUCAAUUUAAAAUCUAGUUGAUGAAUUUGUUGGAGCAAUCGUGAAAAUAUUCAGAAAUUAAAAUACAGUUGUGGGC